UUUCUUUGUGGUGUCACUAUAAGGACGGCUAAGACCGCUCACGGUCCAUCUUGCCAAAAGUCGUGUUUACAUACCGAUAGAAAUGUUGGACCAAGCACUGAUUUCUCAAGAUAUUGCAGAAAUUUCACACCAGAUUUUUUUUGAAACGAUCAACAUUUACAUAUUCAAACCACAUGUCGUAAAUAGGAAGUUAUUCGGAAUCACUAAAGUAUUUUCGGUUUCCUAUCGGACAGUGGACGAGCAGCCACUGGACAUACCCGCAUAUCUUCGUGAUUUCAAAUCACAACACAGAAUGCAGAAGGAAUUUCCGGAGAUUAUAACAGAUUUGUGCCGUAAAUAUGGUUUAAUGUUUCGUUAUCUGACGUCCGGGACCAAUAACGAAUUAGAAUUUUCCGAUCAGGGGAAAGGAACAGGGUAUCUGAUACUCAAUAGGUUGCUACCGCGAAACCUGCAUGUAUUCCGACCACUGGAUGUGCUUGUAUUGAUUGAUUUUGACUGCCAGUCGGUACACUUUCAGUGCCUUCAAGACGACGAGAAUAAUUUAAUACCAAAAAUGAUCUACGGAAUAGAACUGCGCAACGGAAAUCUAUCAAUUAAGUGUAGUUCCAAACAUUCAGAUGAGAAAUCUGCGAUUUGGUUGAAAGAUGUUUUAUUUCCACGGCUUCUCAAGUGGUUAGAUGCUCUGAAACAGAAAAAUUCAGAUGAUGUUAAAGCAGAAAUAGUUUCGCUUUCUCUCAUAAACGAUCUAGAAGAAUACAAUCAACUGUACAGCAAUCUUAAGACUAAAUACGGAACCGAAAUGGUUCGUAUAUGGCCGGAAAAUACUGAUCCGAAAAAAUACGUCUACGAGGAUGUGGCAAUUGCCACCUAUCUGUUGCUUUUAUGGCAACAAGAACGAAAAGCCACCAACAGUGAACACCGGCAAUCGUUUGUCGACGUUGGCUGCGGAAACGGUUUGUUAGUUUACAUUCUUGUCUCGGAGGGUCAUGACGGAUAUGGAGUGGAUGUGAGGAAACGUAAAAUUUGGGAUCUUUAUCCAAAAAACAUUACACUCAAGGUGGAACCCAUUGUUCCAUCAGACCAAGCGUUGUUUCCGAACACUGAUUGGAUAAUCGGAAAUCAUUCUGAUGAGUUAUCACCGUGGGUUCCAGUUUUAGCAGCUAGAAGCUCGUACCACUGUCGAUACUUCCUGCUUCCCUGUUGUGCUUUCGAAUUCGAUGGAAAUAAAUUUCAACGAAAAAAUUCAGGUGUAAGUCAGUACCAUGAAUUUUUGAGCUACGUGCAACAAAUUUCGGAUGUUUGUGGGUUUCACACAGCGAUCGACCGUUUAAAGAUUCCUAGUACUAAACGAACCUGCUUGAUCGGUUCGGGACGAACAUAUGCAGAAAAUAAAUUCGAAAUGCAUUGUAAAAACAUUCAGACGUUCAUAGAUUCUAGAAUUAACAUUUCCCGAGAAACCGAUGGAAACUGGUCUUCUACUUUCAAACCUCGGGAAAGUGUCGAGAAGGUGAAAAACUGUACAAAAAUCGAUCGUAAUGUUAUAGAUCAGAUAGUUCGGAUUGUGUUCGAAACGCUCAUAGCGAAGAAAAGAAUAGCUGCUGAAUUUCCGGAUAAACAAUGGAACGCAGGGGGAACAGUUUCCAUUAGUGAUUUGGUGAAUUUGAUUCCGCAGGACAAUUUGAACAGUUUGAAAUCCGAGUGUGGCGGACUGCAAACGCUGCUUAAAAAUAAUCAUCAGAUUUUCCAGGUACUGAAUGGACACGUUCAAUUACGAAUUCCUACCAAGCAAGGAGAGAGCAGUAAAAGUGCUGUCGAAAUGCAGAAACGAGCGAAGAAGCAAAAAAACCCAAGAUUAGUAAACCUGAAGGAGAGGCCAUGCUGGUUUUAUGGCCAUCAUCCUGAUGGAUGUCCUUUUGAUGAAAGUGAAUGUAAAUUUAAACAUUAGUAUAAACAA